AUGUUCUCCAUGUUUCGCAGGCAGAGCCAGACUGCGUGCACGGCGGGCGGCGGGGGUGCUGUCUUCAUGUUGUUUGGGGAGCAUCUUGAGAGGGCCAGGAAGAUAAAGUCGAGGUCCAGCUUCGGAGCCACGCCCGUGCCCGGCGUGGUUCUGACGCUGCACAUCGGCGUGGGUUUUGGCCCGCUGACACUUUUGCAGCUGGGCCCGGCGCCAUGUGGAGUCCUGGAUCGCUGGGAGUUUUGUGCAGCUGGGCAACCACUGGAGGAGGUGGCCAUCGCAGAACCGCUGGCUCAUUCUGGUGAGACAGUUGUCAGCCCGAGUGUUCAGGAGGUCUUGGCUUCGAAAGGACAGAACAGCGAGUUCUGCUUCGAGGCCGGCUUUCCGGAGCAGCCCGGCUACGCCCUCCUCACCUCCACCGCUGCUCCGCUCGGGAGUGGAAAGGAGCACCCACGCUCGCCAGCGCGGCGCACGCUGGAUGCCAGUGUGGUCCAACGUUACGUGCCGCAGGCAGCCAAGAGGAACUUGUCCCAAACAUCGGUAGAGGCAUUGAUCCUGGGCCUGCAGCCCGAGAUGCGCCGCGUCUCUGUCAUCUUCCUUUCCAUCCGAGGGCUCAACCCUGGAUCGCUGACACCCACGGGAGAUGAUCUGCGUACACAACAGGUCGUGAAGCUCUUGCAGCAGUCCUGCUAUGCCUUCGAAGGUAGCGUCAACAAAUUCCUUGUGGAUGACAAAGGCAUGCUGCUUCUUUGCGCCUUCGGACUUCCGCCGUUGAAUCACUACAUCGACGAUCCGCUGCGAGCCGUCCUCACCGCCGCACGCUUUUGUGACUCUUUGGCUGAGGAAGGACUGCAGGGUCGGGCAGGAGUCGCCACGGGCAUCGUAUGGUGUGGCACUGUUGGCAGCCAGAUCCGCCGGGAGUAUACUGUAUUGGGCGACACUGUCAACCUGUCUGCUCGCUUGAUGGCGAAGACGGAUAUCAACACUGUCCUCGUUGAUGCCGCAACAUUCAGCUCCUGCAAGCGGACGCUGGCCUUCGAGUCGCUGGGAGAAAUCUCAGUGAAAGGCAAGCAGGAACAGAUCCAGGUGUACCGCUUCACAGGAGAUCUUCUACCUCGCAGAGACCGUGAUCGCAAAGGUCUGCAGCGGUCGCUUCUGUCUUGGGAAGAAUGGCCCGCUCGAGAGGAGCUGAUGGCUGCCUUGGAAGCACAGUUGCAGCAACAACCAGGCCCCGGUGGCCUCGUGUUCGUCCAUGGAGGUCCAGGCUGCGGCAAGACGGAGCUUGCUGCUCAUGUUCGGGCGUGGGCAGUGGAGCAAGAACUCUGUGUCCUCGCAGGUCAGAAUCAGAGUCCUACAGGGACCUUGGCGGUGCCGCGGCUCUGCUGGCAAGAGGUGUUUGCAGAGAUGUUGAAGGCUGCGCGCAGCGAUCCGGCGUGGAAUGACACAGGAGAGCACGUCACUGAUCGAGAAUUGAUCCGUCGCAUGCUCCUGGCAGCCGGGGCGACACAAGAGCUUCUUGCAUGGCUCCCAGUGCUGCGCUUGGUCUUCCCCGCACUCUACUUUGGGCCCAACGUUGUGAAUGCCAUGGUCGAGCGCGAUGCAUUGCACGCCAAGACGCGCCCGCUGAAGGUGGUCACUCUGUGCAAGAUGCUCGUGGACGCAUUCACAACGCACUCCACGAAGAGCCAGGGUACCGUCAUCUUGCUUCAUCUCCGGCGCUCGACGUCGUUCUUCGGCGAGACGACGGACUACGACGGCAAUCUGGUGGAGGGGCUCAUGAACUUGUGCAUGGAACGCCGCGAGACUGGGAAGAAGCCGGUGAUGCUGUGCGUUGUGACGCGGGAUACCAUCUUGCAAUCACAGGCCUUCUUCCUGAAUUCGCGGAAUCUGAACGGCGAAGUGGAGGUAAGCAAUCUCUCCCGCGACAUGACGGAGAAAUAUGUUAUGCACAUCACCGAAGCAGCUGCCGGCGUGGCACCCGACUUGCUUCAGUACGUGUUUGAAAGCUCCGGCGGAAACCCCUUCGGCGUGGAGGUGGUCCUCCAGGAAUUACGACAGGGCGGAGCUGUGCAGGUUUCCGAAGAGGGAUUCUUAGAGCUCUCCGACGGCGAUGAGGCGAACCUGUCACAGCUGGAAUAUCCAGAGUCUUUGAUUGGAAUUGCUUUGGCCUCCUGGGAGAAGCUGCUUCCCCACCAACAGGACUUGGUGAAGAAUGUGGCCAUGUGUAGCCAAGAGGCAGACUGCGAAGUCUUGAACAUCGUGGUCCUCGGCCUGCCAUCCCCGGCCAACACCUUUACCGGAGAGGGUGCAGACCUGAUGUUGAUGCUCAGCUGUGAAUGUGGUCUUGACGAGGAAAUUAUUCGGCACAAGCUGCCGGACGAAGAGAAGGAAAUAGAUGACCUGUACGUACUGCAAGCAGACGUAGGUGAGUUUGUAAACUGCUUUCCUGCAGACUCUGCUGCAGAAAAAGAAAGAAAUGCACAGUCUGCCUUUGAACACGGCUGCUCCUUGCCCAAAGACUGCCUUAUCAUGCGCAAGCAGCAGCGCUUGAAGAAUGGUGGCCAAGAUCCGCCUGCAGAGCUGGGCCUGGGUGGCAUCUUCCAGCCCUGUCAGCACCUUGGUUACGCAAACAAGGAGAAUGUCCCCACAGCCUCUGGCGAGGUGAAUCAGAAGACACAAUGGGAAGAUGAGGCCACGAAGGAUUUGGCAGAUGCCCGCUGCUCCAUUCUAGCAGUUCAGGAGGAGAAAGCCUCUUUGCUCGCCCUCACAAAGCAGAGUGGGCUUCGCGAGUACACCUUUGACCGCGUCUUCGGCGAGCGCGCGGAGCAGGCGGACAUAUUUGCUGGCUCCGCGCGGCGUUUGGCCAUGGAGUUUUUGAACGGUACGAGUGCGAGCAUCAUCUGCUACGGGCAAACUGCCAGCGGCAAGACUCACACCAUGUUCGGGCCGCCACAGAAAGCGCUUCCGACGACGUCACCGGAACUGCAGGGUUUGGUUCCAAGAACCUGCGCUGAGGUUUUGCGGACCGUGGAGAUCUGGCGCCAGCGAGGCAUUGAGGUCCAGCUGUCUGCAAGCUAUGUCGAGCUCUUCGGCAGCGAGGUCUCGGACCUCCUGCGGGAUGGCCAGGUUGUGGGGCAGGGCAGACAUGGCCGUUAUGCAGCAGUUCGUGCUACAGACCGCGUCGGGCACAGGUAUGUCUUAGACGGGCACACAGAAUGCCACAUCGAGUCUCUGGAGGAGGUCUACGAGCUCCUGCAACACGGUGAAGUGGCCAAGCGCCGUGCCGCCACCGCCAUGAACGAGAGGUCCACUCGAGCGCACACUGUGUUUGUCCUUUCCCUGUCGGUGCAGCGACGACAGCGAAAGUCCUGCGAAGGUGACCUGCAGCUGCCCGCUCGGAGGAGUCGUUUCUACUUCGCUGAUCUUGGUGGAUCCGAGCAGCUGGCAAAGAGUAAGGUGGAAUCGGCUAAGGCUCCUGUGACGGUGGUCGGCGGUGAGGAGCAGAGCCGCAUCUCGUGGCAAGAGUUCUAUCUCCAUCGACAGAGGCUCCAAGAAACAAUGAACAUCAACAAGGGCCUCUUCUCCCUCAAAAGUGUCAUCGAGGUCCUCCACAGGCGCUCUCGCAUGGCUGCUGAAGGAGUGCCUUCCCAUGCGCUUCCAUACGUUCCCUAUCAGGACUCAAAGCUUACGAUGCUGCUCCGGGAAGCUUUGGGUGGCUCGGCACGAACCUUGAUAAUCACCACUGCGACUAUGGAUCCUGCCCAUGCCGAGGAAUCGUUGCAGACGCUGCGGUUCGCGGAGACUUGUGCCCAGGUCCAGAAACGUCGAGAGGCAGAUCAGGCCGCUUCCAUCACCGUCGCGCUUGAGAAGAUUGAGCAGGACAUCAAGAUACUUCAAACGGAGAUCGCACGCAAGGAGCGCUGGGAGACACGCCUGUUGCGGCGCAGGGACUUGGACACCGUGGCGGGCGAGUUCGGUGAGGAAGCUCCAACCGUGGAGCGUACGGAAGUCAUCCCAACGACUGUGCUGGUUGGGGCCGAGGCUGAGCGUUCCCAGCUGGAAAUGUUGCUGCAACGUCAGGCAGAACUUCAGGGCCUUUGCAGGGUCACCGAUUUCGGCAAGGACUAUCGCAGCAUGCGAGAUGAGGCAACGAAAGGAGCUUCGGAUGGUGGCCGCGGUGUGGAGUUCUGGCUCCGUGAUUUCGGCGCCCGUACCAAAGCCAAAGAUUUCGAGGAUGAGGCAGUGCUUGCCGGGGCCUUGCGGCUCCUCUUCCGCUCGGCAAAGCACGCAGAGGUCAUUUUUGGGGAGAAGCAUGCACGACAGCGACUCCACCGAGAGGAGCUCCCAAAGGGUUAUCUUGAUGUCGCGGCCGCUCUCCGCGAUGUCUUCCAGCACCAGGUCGAGCAGGGCCAUGAGACGCGCAGCUUCGGGAAGGCCAUGUUGGACCGCUGUACAUCUUGGCGGGCAGCCUUCAAGGACGAUGCAUCCAGCAGAGAUGCAGAGCUCGCCAAGCUGGUCCAAGAAUGCGGUCUGGAGGUCGUCUCCGAUUCUUGA